CCAUCCCAACUGCAGGGCACAUCACCAUGAAGACCCUCACUCUCUUCACAACUCUCUCUGCAGCAACUGCAUACCAGUUCAAUCCUCUUCACCACCUCGCCGGCAUUGCUCCCUACUUCACUCCCCAUGAUCCCCCCAUCAACCCAAGUCCCCCGGCCGGCUGCAACGUCACCCGGGCAGCCUACCUAGUCCGCCAUGCUGCUAUUUACGCCAACGACUUUGACUAUGAGACGUACAUCGAGCCUUUCGUUGACAAGCUGCGUAACACGACGCAGAAUUGGGCUGGCACCGGGUCGCUUUCCUUUCUGACCAACUGGACCGCGCCUAUUACCGAUGACCACCUCGAAAAGCUCACCCGAGUCGGCCUGCAAGAAGCAACAACCCUAGGGGCCCAAUUCCGCCAGCGAUACCCAGACCUACACACUGACAAAGUCUGGGCCUCGACCGCUGAACGAACCACCAAAUCUGCACAGGGCUUUAUCACUGGCUACACACACAACCAAACCCACCUGGACCUCGUCAGCGUGGCAGAGAGCGAUACCACUGGUGCCGACUCUCUCACCCCAUACAAAUCCUGCCCAGCAUACAGUUCCAGCUAUGGCAGCUCCUACGAAGAGACCUUCAUAAACCACUACACCGCUGCCAUAACGGCCCGCCUCAACCUCCUCGCCCCAACCUUCAACUUCACCUCCGACGACAUCACCGCCAUGUUCGAGCUCUGCGGCUACGAGACCGUCAUCCGAGGCAGCUCGCCUUUCUGCUCGUCCACCCUGUUCAGCAGCUCCGAAUGGCUGUCCUUCGAAUACGCCAACGACAUCAUGUACUUUCACAACACGGGCUACGGCCGCCCCUUGUCCCCAGUAUUAGGCUUCCCCUGGGUCAACGCCAGUUACUCUCUGUUGUCCGCCAACACCACCGACCAAGACAUCUACGUCUCGUUCACGCACCGCGAAGUCCCUCCUACGGUUGCCACAGCCCUCGGACUAUUCAAUAACAGCGCGUACUCGGGCGCGGAUAACAUCAAUGAAACUAUGCCAACAGAUGAAGUGAACUAUAACCGGGCGUGGAAGAGCAGUAACAUCUUGCCGUUUUUGGGGAAUAUUGGAAUCGAGAGGAUGGAAUGUGAUGGUCGGAGUGGAUAUACGGAGGGUGUGUAUUACCGGGUGCUGGUUAAUGAGGCUGUGAAGCCGGUGCCUGGGUGCAGAGAUGGGCCGGGGGAGAGCUGCAGUGGAGAUCAGUUUGGGCAGUUUGUUCAAGAGAGGGAACAGAGGUAUGGGGACUUUGGGGCCAUGUGUGGGAAUUCGUCUGCUGUGGGGGAGUUGAGUAUUUAUGAUUGAAGAUGGUGGAAAAUGAUACAAUGUAUAUAAUAUCUUCCUACAUGAUAUCUGUACGAUGAUGAACUUCAU